AUGUCUAAUGAACAAUUCAAGAUUUUUAGGGAUGAAGUUGUAUUAACACUUAAAGAAUUUGAUAAAUCAUUAAUGUUCGACCAUAAACAGCAAUGGAGUGAUAUCUCUCAACAUGUUUCAAGAAAUAUUAUGCCAACGAUCAAUAGGCAUUAA